AGGUGUCGAAAGCGGCGGCAGACUUAAUGUCGUACUGCGAAGCUCAUGCCAAAGAGGACCCUCUGUUAUCGCCGGUUCCAGCGUCGGAGAACCCAUUCAGGGAGAAGAAGUUCUUCUGUGCCAUCCUGUAAACUCGGCAUGGCCCUUCAGCAGUCUACUCAGUGUGGGACCUUGAACGUGGACGUUCAAAAUACGUAGAAAAUCUUCUAGUUGGAGGGAAUGGCGAUUAUUGCCCCCCCCUUUCUCGAAAGGCACCUAGAAAGUGCGAAAAUUAAAACCCACAGAGUUUACGUGUAACUAUUAAAGGGGUUGUGAUUGCUUUUUUUAGAGGGGGUGUUGCAGCAUGUUGAAGGGGGGUCUGUGCUUUUAGAUGACGCAAGGGGGAUGAUGAUGAAGAGUAUGAUGAUAAACCCAGAGACGUGACGGACAACCAGUCAACCUACCGAGUCUUCAGGUUGUGAUGUGUACAAAACAAAAACAAACAAAAAAAUAUAUAGAUAAAAUGAGAAUAUAAAUAUUUUGUGGUUCUUUUGGGACUUCCAAAUGUUCUGUUAACUGGUUUUCGUGGUCGGGUCGAGCAUCGUAGGACAGCAAACACACAUAUGCCUACCACUAGACGCCACCUGAUUAUUGGAAUGAUUUCUUUUUUUAGGUUGUUGUUUAUGUUUAUUUCAACUUAACCUUUCACCUAGAUAUCUUUCUAUAACUGUACGUGAUUACUGAAACUGCUCUUUUUUUCUUACAACAGGUUAGUGAAAGCUUUUUUAAUGGGAUGUUUGAAACAUUCGACUCUGUGAUUCUCUUUGCAAAAUACCAGUCUGAAAAAAAUCAGUCUCUGUGUAUCGACAUCUAUCUGGCAAAUGUGAUGCAGUUUGUCUCCUUCAGAUACAAACCCUCUUUCUACUAUUUGUAUAAAAUGACUAGCAAGUAAACUGUGCUGUGCUGUGAGUUGCUGAAUGUUUGUGUUUGUAUCAUUAACUAUUGCAUGAAAUGGACAGACGGUCUUCUCUAUUUUCCUUUCAUGUGGAGAUUGUAUGAAACGAGGGCGGCCUCCAUCUGGAAGUGCCAAAACAUAUUAAAACAAGAAUGAUUCAA